ACACCGAACCCGAACUGUUGUGAAAUGGCAUCUACAUCGGUCCCGCGUAAACGCACCAUCGAAUCUAGUAUUGAAGCCCCUCCCGCAAAAGUUGCUAAAAUGCAUCCAUUUUUCUCCAAGACCUCUGCGACGAGCACUCUUCGGUGGUUGAAGCCACUGGGCUCUUCGAAUACCUGCCUUCACGGCGUUAACAUGGAACCUUUGAGUGUAGCCAAGGUAGCAGCCCUCGACCUCGAUGGCACUCUCAUCGCCGGCCCAAACAACCGCUGGCGCUGGUGGAACAAAUCUGUCCCCACUAAGCUUUCGGAAAUUGUCAAGGACGGGUAUGCACUGGUCAUCAUCACCAACCAGGCUGGGCUUAAGAAGCCUGAACAAGUGGCCGGAUGGAAACGAAAACUUGCUUCAAUAGCUGCCGCUCUUCCUGAAGUUCCCUUUCGAGUGUUUGCUGCUGUUGCUAAAGAUGAGUAUCGGAAGCCUAUGAAGGCAUUUAUCGCUGUUUAA